AUAAAUAUCCACGUACUAUAACCCAACAAACCCGCCAACACUAAUAAAGCACACAAAAAAACACAGCUCCAUGACUCCUCUUCUUCUCUUACUCUUUUUCUCGUCUCUCACUGUUUGGUCCGCCUCCGCCGGUGAAAAUUUAUACACCCCGAAAUCUAAUCUGAUUGGGUAUUGGAACAAAGAGGUCCAAAACAACCACGCCAAGCCAACCUUUCUCCUGUCCAAAGCGUCCCCAUUGAGUGCGGUCGACUCAGCAAGCUUCUCCAAACUCGCAGCCCAGAAUGCUCUCUCCUCUCAUUUCCCAGCGUUCUGUGCCUCUGCCAACCUUUUCUGCUACCCUGAUUCAACCCCGAGUAUUGAAGAACUGAUAUUCAAUAUCAGCGCUGCAAGCGUUUAUUGUAAUCCAGGUAACUUCUUUCGGGAGUCAAUUGCAAAGGAAGGUAAGGUGAUGCGAAUGCCUAACAUUAAGGAUAAAAUGCCUGAAAGGUCAUUUUUGCCCCGGUCUAUUUCGUCGAAAUUACCGUUUUCGACCUUUAAGAUCUCAGAGCUAAAGCGGCUUUUUCAUGCGGAUGAUAAUUCCACUAUGGAGACUAUGAUAGUGGAGGCGUUGAAUGAGUGCGAGAGUGCCCCGAGCCCAGGGGAGACCAAGCGGUGCGUGGGUUCGGCUGAAGAUAUGAUUGACUUUGCAAUCUCGGUCUUGGGUCGAAACAUCGUCGUUCGUUCAACCGAGAAUGCAAAAGGGUCAAAGCAGAAUAUAAUGAUCGGAUCAGUCAAAGGUAUCAACAGUGGCAAAGUCAUGCAAUUAGUUGCCUGUCACCCUACCUUGUUCCCGUACCUACUCUAUUCCUGCCAUUCGGUCCCAAAGGUUCGAGUCUAUGAAAUGGAUAUACUGGAUCCGAAUUCUAAGGCUAAGAUCAAUCAUGGUGUUGCCAGCUGUCACAUGCACACCUCGGAUUCGAACCCGAAUCACGCUGAAUUGACUAUAGCGUCAGGUCCCGGUCAGAUCACGGCUUGCCACUGGCUUUUUGAGAAUCAUCUGAUCUGGACAGUUGCUAAUGAGUCCUUCCAGGCCUUGGUGGGCAAGACAUCAAGUUGAUUAAGGGAGCAUCCUCGCUAGAGCUUUGCAAGCUUCGAUCCAGCAUGUAUGAUGUAAAACAAAUAAAUGUGCUGAUAGUUUUAUUAUGUGUGUUUUGAACUUGCGUUUCAUCUAUGUAUUUUGUGUAGAGCUUUGCAAACCUCAAUCCAGCACACAUCAUGUACAACUGAUAAAUGUGUUGAUGGUUUAUGUGUAAUUUGGACUCUAAGGUCUAGCUACUCCUAGACUAGUGUAAUUAUGUAUAAAGCUUGUAAUAUUUGGACUUUCUCUAUUA